AUGCCAAGAUUUCAAGUUCAACAAACUACGAAUACUCAAGCUCAACAAACACCACAAACUCAAGCUCAACAAACACCAAAACCUCAAGUUAAAUGUACACCAAAAACUUCAGUUAAAAAAUUCCACUACUUUUUUAACAAACAACCCUUACUCAAGCUCAACAAUUGCUACACACUCAAUUUUUAUAUACACCACAAACUCAAGUUCAAGAAACACCAAUAUCUCAAGUUCAACAAAUGCCACAACUUCAAGUACAAAAAACACCACAAACUUAAAGUCAACAAAUGCCACAAACUCAAGUUUAACAAACACCACAAACUCAAGUUCAACAAAUGCCACAAUUUCAAGUUCAACACACGCCACAAACUCAACUUCAGCAAAUGCCAAUAA